AUGGCAGCAGCGAAACAAAUCGCGCAAAUAAGGCUUCCGCCGCUACCAAGUAUUAAAGACAUCAUUAGGUUAUACAAAUUACGAGCCUUGCGCGAGUUAUCUCAAAAUUUUCUUAUGGAGCCAAGAUUAAUUGAUAAAAUAGUUCGCGCCGCUGGAAACAUUAAUAAUCACGUAGUGUGUGAAGUAGGCCCUGGCCCAGGAGGUAUUACAAGAUCAAUCAUUAAACAGGCUCCUCGAAAAAUUAUAUUAAUCGAGAAGGAUCCACGUUUCUUACCGUCGUUAGAACUUCUUGCUGAUGCUUGUAAAGAUAAUGUAGAUGUAGACAUAGUGACUGGAGACAUACUCAAAACAAACAUUGCGCAUUUCAUUCCAAAAGAUAUAAAAACAGGCUGGAAUGAUCCUCCUCCACCGGUUCAUCUAAUAGGUAAUUUACCAUUCAGUGUAUCAACGAUUUUGAUGAUUAGGUGGCUGGAGAUGAUAUCCAGACAAGAAGGUCCAUGGGAACUUGGUCGAACUAGAAUGACAUUGACAUUUCAAAAGGAAGUUGCUGAAAGGAUGGCUGCCCGGAUACUAGAUAAGCAAAGAUGUAGAUUAUCUGUCAUGUGUCAAAGUUGGUGUACUGUUAACUAUAAAUUUGAUAUUUCCGGAGAUGCCUUUCUCCCCAAACCCGAUGUUGAUGUUGGCGUUGUUACUCUUACACCGUUGAAACACCCAAUAAUGAAUCAACCUUUUAAGCUAGUUGAAAAGGUUGUACGCCAAAUUUUCUCCAUGAGACAAAAGUAUUCCUUACGUGGAGCUGAAACACUGUUUCCUGAAGAUGCAAGAGAAGAAAUGGUUAGGAGAAUGUACAAAAUGGCUGAGGUGGACCCAGUUACUCGUCCAUUUCAAAUUGCCAAUGGGGAAUUUUCAAGAAUUUGUGAUGCUUACAGUGAAAUAAUUAAGAAAUAUCCAGAAUUUGAAAAGUAUGACUACAGGGCACCUAAGAAACCAAAAAUCCCGGCUUCAAAUGAAGAAAUAAUUUUAGUAGAGUAGAGUUGAAAUGGUUAUUUAGUUUUGUUUGUAAAUAUAAAAAAAUUGACUCUUAA